GUUUUGUUCGGUCCGGUGACUCCGCUCCAUCGAGGAACCCCACAUAGUAGAGUACACCUGUUCAUUUCAUGACAGAACGUAAUCAUCACCUUCCUUCUUGCUCGCGUUUUUCCGAAUCCGCUGACCAGACAUGUCCUUCUUUGCUGGCGUAUCUAAAUCCAGUCUUACAUUCAACAAGUCGUCUUUCAACGCAGUCCAGGGAGAUAUCAUCAAUCAUUAUUAUAGCGCUCACUCUGGCGAUGAACAGGCGGAAGCUGGGGACUUUCGCCACAUUCGACUCGGCGACGUUAAGCUUCUCAAACGUGUCUGGAGCGAUGACGUCCAAAUCAACGCUCGGAAUCAACCCAACUCCACCUCGAGAUUCAAGCCCAACAACCCUUUCAGGAUACGACUUCUCAAGGCCAGCUCUAUGAACUCCGUAAAAGUGACACGAAACGUCUAUCAUGUAGGUGUUGUAGGACACCGGGAAGAGAGAUUUACUGCCACAAUCUACGAGCAAGAGUCAGAGUCAGAAACGGGCGGUCGUGAGGAUGAUCCAGCUCGAAAGAUCUGGCGGGACGAUUUUCUGUCUGUCAUAUCUAUGAGGCACCCGCACAUUCCUCAGCUGUUCGGAUACGGGUCGUCAAAACUACCAUUUCUCGUUUUUCACGGAGGUCUUGUCAGAGGUAAUGAGAUCUUUGAGCGGUACAUGAUGGAUAAGAUUGUCCUUUGCUAUCUGGACUACCAAUCCCGAGCUUCCUUCGAGAACCUCUACUACAGCCCUCUCAGGGACAUAUCCCUCGAAUCUACAGAUAUCGGCUCAUGGUGGUUUAAUCCCGAAAACGACUCAUUCCAGUGUGAUCUAACAGUCGUCUCUCGAGCCCGGAGGUCGGAUGGUGGAGAACCCGAACAGGACCAUGGUGGAGGACGAGCUGGAACUGUUCCACAACCGUCUACAGGAGAUUACUGUAUCAUCUACAGACAAACUACAGCCAACGCUGCUUCACGGAACAUCAUUGACCACUUCAGAAGGUUUUUACCCGAUUUCAUCACAGCAAUAUCCAGGCUCGGGCAUUCACAACGAUACAAUGAUCUGCAAAUGUUGUCUACAUACUCGCUAGACGGGACGUUGACGUUUGGAUCGAUCGUUGUUCCAUCAAAUAAAAAAAUUGGACCUGUCGUCGGAUAUUUGGAGUCAUACCCAGCCCCCAAAUGGCGAUUUUUGAAAGAUAACUCGUAUUGUCCCUUAGGUGCAGUGAUGGCGUGUUCCUCGAUUGAAAAUACCGCAGUCAGACUAACAUUCAACUCUGAUUGUGUCGAAAAUAGGGAAGGAAAGUUACGACUUUAUCUUCGCUUUGCACUCGAGUCACCACAAGAAAAUCACAAUCUGUAUUCAACCGCAUUCUUGAGUCAGGCCAACUAUUUAGGAACCCAGGUUGGGUGCGUUCCGUCAGAUUUUGUAUUCCUGAAUUGGCUAGAAAUCUCUCUCGAAGGCACCAUCCCGAAGCAAUCCACGGAGACCCUUUAUCUCACCAUUCCCCCGAUACAGCCCGACGAGAACUCCCCGCAUGUGAAGCUUCCGUUAUCAGCUUCCUCGAUGUUCUUUUGGUCUUUGUCCCCUCAAGGAUACCCAAAGCUGACGGCUGCCGAAAUCGAAUCACGCGGUUUACAGGAUAUUGGAAUCAAGUUCUAUGUGGGGACGUCUUGGAACCCCGUUCGACAUGAAGCUGUUCGACAAUACCUUACCCUCGAGAAUUAUGACCUGUACAGCAAGGCUUAUGCACAAGACCGAGGGUACCCUUUGAUUGACCUUUCCUCAGGUCUCAUACCUUCUACCUCGUACAACGGAGACCGCCCGAAACGCGAAACAGCUCCGAGUCGUCGCCGACGAGUCAUCAUUUCAAAGACGGGGACGUUUCGGAAGGUGUCCGGAAGAAGAAGCAAUUAACCGCUGAGAUGAAUCCAGGCGGCAAGACGUCCCGGCGGGCCAGAUGCCUGAGCACUGUCCGGUUAGGAAUUUGGCUGGUGUUCGGAUAGAAAUCUAUAGAAAUCAGGACCGUUCAGGCUGCCGGGGGGUCCUGGUGUGAUUAACCGAUA